AUGGACAGCCUCCUUAUGAAACAAAAGAAAUUCCUGUACAAUUUCAAGAACCUGCGCUGGGCGAAAGGGCGUCAUGAAACAUACCUCUGCUACGUGGUGAAGCGGCGGGACAGCGCAACCUCCUGCUCCCUGGAUUUUGGCUACCUACGCAAUAAGUCCGGUUGUCACGUGGAAGUUCUCUUCCUGCGGUACAUCUCCGCUUGGGAGCUGGACUCGCGGCGCUGCUACCGGAUCACCUGGUUCACCUCGUGGAGCCCCUGCUACGACUGCGCCCGCCACGUGGCCGACUUCUUGCGUGCCUACCCCAACCUGACCUUGCGCAUCUUCGCUGCCCGCCUCUACUUCUGCGAGGACCGCAACGCGGAGCCAGAAGGCCUGCGGCGCCUCCACCGCGCGGGGGCCCAAAUCGCCAUCAUGACCUUCAAAGAUUACUUCUACUGCUGGAACACCUUCGUGGAGAACCGUCAGAAGACCUUCAAGGCUUGGGAAGGGCUUCAUGAAAAUUCUGUGCGUCUUUCCAGAAAGCUCCGCCGUAUCCUUCUGCCGCUUUACGAAGUUGAAGACUUGCGAGAGGCUUUCCAACUCCUUGGACUUUAA